AUGUUAACACUACCAUUUGAUGAGUCUGUUGUAAUGCCAGAAUCCCAGAUGUGUAGAAAGUUUCCCAGAGAAAGUGAUGACCAAAAGCAAAUGAAGAACCCAGAAAGCUUUUCAAAGCAGAUCAUCCUCCGAGGAAAGAAUAUUAAAAGAUCUCCUGGAGAAGACACAGAAAAAGAAGAGGAGGAGGAGGAGAGAGAAGAGGAGGAUGAGAAUGGCUUGCCAAGGCGAAGGGGUCUUAGGAAAAAAAAGACGAGCAAGAUAAGGAUGGAAAGGAUUAAAUUCAGGCGUCAAGAAGCCAAUGCUAGAGAGAGGAACCGUAUGCACGGCCUUAACGAUGCUCUGGACAAUUUAAGGAAAGUGGUCCCUUGUUAUUCUAAAACACAAAAACUGUCCAAAAUAGAAACUUUAAGACUAGCCAAGAACUAUAUUUGGGCUCUUUCUGAAAUACUGCGAAUUGGCAAGAGACCUGACCUGCUCACCUUUGUCCAAAACUUGUGCAAGGGUCUGUCCCAGCCGACUACAAACUUGGUGGCGGGAUGCCUGCAGCUGAAUGCCAGAAGUUUCCUAAUGGGCCAGGCAGGUGAAGGUGCCCAUCAUGCCCGCACACCCUAUUCCACCUUCUAUCCUCCCUACCACAGCCCGGAGCUCGGCACCCCCGCAGGGCAUGGGACUGUUGACAACUCUAAGUCCAUGAAACCGUACAAUUACUGCAGCACUUACGAGUCCUUCUAUGAAAGCACUUCCCCUGAGUGUGCCAGCCCACAGUUUGAAGGUCCCUUAAGUCCUCCCUCAAUUAACUAUAAUGGGAUAUUUUCCCUGAAGCAAGAGGAAAGCUUGGACUAUGGCAAAAAUUACAAUUACGGCAUGCAUUACUGUGCAGUGCCACCCAGGGGUCCCCUUGGGCAGAGCUCGAUGUUCAGGUUGCCUACAGAGAGCCACUUCCCUUACGACUUACAUCUGCGCAACCAGUCUCUCACCAUACAAGAUGAAUUGAAUGCAGUUUUUCAUAAUUAA